AUGGAUCAGGCAGGUUCAUCACUGACUCUAACGCCCUUCAGAUGCGCCUGUACUCGCGAAUUCACGCAGGAAAGUGCCUACACAAAGCAUCAAGGCUCUUGCACUAAGGGCAAAAACGAUUAUUCUCCGCUUUGUCUAAAACAGUUUGCUGGCCUUAGCACUGCGCCGUCGAGCGCGCACGCCCACCUUCCAAAUGGCUCUUUCCCGUCUGCUGACCCAUUGGAACAUACAGGGUCUUCAUUGCAAGAAAAUGCACCCACAUCAGCAUCAAAUGCCGAUCUUGGCGCCCCACCUAUGGAACUAGAUGCAGAUCAGGACCUAUCACUAGCGCAGCGGAGGAGUUGGUGCAUGGGUGUCUCAUUGCCACUCCAUUAUAGACAGUAUGAGGAUGUGCUUCCCAAAGCUCCCCCAAGUGUUCCCUCUGGUUAUACUGCUCUAGCACCAGAGCUUGAUGCACCGGCCAAUCUGAUGGAUGCAUCUACCAGUGCUCGUGCAUCUUCAUGA